AUCGUAUUCCUGCAGUUAAACAGGAAGACAAAACGAGACAGAGCUGAAUUGACAAACUUAUAGAGGUUUCCUGAAGUAUUUGACGUGUUGUCAUAACUAUGUGGCCAAAUCAAGGACCUCCUCCUCCACUGGGCCCAUCAAACCCGGCUUACCCUCCUGGGUACAACCCUGCAUAUCCUACAUAUCCUGCAUAUCCUGCAUAUCCUGGACCUUCUUCAGCAUUUUAUCCCCAACCUUCCAAUCCAGGGUACCCACCCGGCCACUACCCAGCAGCGAUGAGCCCAGCUCUGGUUCCACAUGCACCUCCAGGUGUGACGCCUUAUCGAGCUCCACAACCUCAUCCUUAUCCUAUGGCUCCAGGUGGAUUUCCAGUUGUCCCCCCUGCAGGUGUUCACCCAUGUGGAUACCCACACUCACGACAUCCUGGUCCAUAUCCACACUAUCCAAAGUAUGGUCACCACAAAGGUCACCACAAAGGUCUCUAUCAUGGAGGGAUGAAUCCCAUGCCUGGAUCAUUAACCGGAGGAUUGACAGCAAUGGUAAUGGGAGUGGUAACACACAAAGCUAACAAAAAGAUGAGGAAGAAGAUGAAGAAAGCACACAAGUGGAACAAGCAUGGGCUCCACUACUGCAAGUCAUCCAGCAGCAGUAGCAGUGACUCAGACUGAGGACCAACACCACAAGACAUGGAAAUUGACAGAAAUGAUUAUUUACAGAAGCCUAUUUCAGCAUUUUGUUUUUGUAUUUAUGUCAAACAGUCUAAAGAUAUAGUUAAAAGACAUACAAAUGAGUAUGUAUAUACAGUAUAUAGUGAAACAUUCUGUAAAGGGAUCACGACAAUGGGCACAGAACUUUAAAGCACUGCUUAAUCUUUGGAUCUCUGACAGUAUCAACAGUUUUUUUUUAUUUUAUGUUGAAGAUUUUCUGUUGAGAUAUUUAAAUUGUUAUAGAAAAAAAACAAACCUCAAGUAAAGUUAAAAGUUUUACUUAAGCUCUUUACUAAGCUCAAGCUCCACCACUAGUAAGCAUGCAGUGUGUGCUCUUUUUCAGGUUAGAUCAGUGCCACUCGUGCUGUAAGCCAGCAACAGUUUUAUUACUUUUAUGUGCAUUUACUGUGAUCUGCUGUGACAAGUCAAACAGUUAAGACGGUUUGCUAUUAACGGCCGCUGUCCUCAACUUGUCAUGACAUGUCUGACAUUUGUAUAUGUAUUGGUAAUGACAUUAAAAAAUGUUGGCUGCUGGUAACCAAAGUUUAA